UCGCACCAUUGUGAACAUUACAGCGUCGGAGCAGACGGAGAGGACAAGGCAAGAGUAUAUCAAGUGUAUGGGGUACAUCUAUUACCACCCUACGCCAGCUACAAACGAAACUUACUGUCCCCGCACCUGGGACGGAGUACUCUGCUGGCCGGACACCCUUGCUGGCGAGAUAGCUUCCCAGCCUUGCCCGGAUUAUGUCAACGGAUUCAAACCCUGGGAGAACUCCACCCGCAGAUGCAUGGCAGAUGGGACAUGGUACUUUGAUUUCAUUCGAAACAGAACAUGGACUGACCUCAGUUUUUGUUCUACUAAAGCCGAUGACGAGACUGUAGCAAGAACAGAUUUUAUUAAGUCUCACAUGGGUACAAUCCGACUGAUGUACAAUGUCGGCUACGGGAUCUCUCUAGCAUCACUGGUGCUGUCAGUCUUUAUCAUGGUCAGCUUCAAAAAACUUCACUGCCCAAGAAACAGCAUCCACGUCAACCUGUUCAUAUCGUUUAUAUUACGUGCUUCCAUCUCAUUCAUGAAAGAAAAUUUGUUAGUCGACGGCGUUGGCUUCCCUACGGAUGUCAUUGAGCGUGGCAAUAAUACUGUUACAUUCAGAAAUGGAAGCUUGCACUGGGAAUGCAAGUUGUUCUUCACGUGUUUCCAUUACAUACUUGGAGCUAAUUACAUGUGGAUUUUUGCCGAAGCUCUUUAUCUGCAUAUACUGAUCUCUGUGGCCGUCUUUUCUGAAAGAAGCAGUGUCAAAUGGUAUGCUUUGCUUGGAUGGGUUUCCCCGGUAUUGUUUGUCCUGCCAUGGGUGGUGGUGAGAGCUACUCUUGAAGAUGAAUAUUGUUGGAAUACCCACCCAACUCCAGGGUACUUCUGGAUAAUGAGAGCGCCUAUUGUACUGUCUAUUGUG